UUUAUUUCACUCAAAAACCUUUUUAAUUAAAAUCCUCAAACCUAAAACACACACAAGUCGGAAAGAGAAGAAGAGAAGAAACAAACAAGAAAAAGAAAAAUGAAGAGAGACAGCUUACUCAAUCGCGUGGCUGCCGGAGCCGCCGUUGGUGGUGCUAUCGGUGGCGCCGUCGGUGCUGUAUAUGGAACUUAUGAUGCAAUUAGGUAUAAGGUUCCCGGAGCCCUCAAGAUUAGGCAUAUUGGGCAGGCCACUAUAGGAAGUGCAGCUGUAUUUAGUCUGUUCCUUGCAGCAGGAACCUUGAUACGUUCUCACUAGCUUGUCUUAUAUUAGAUUGUGUAGUUGUGGUGAUGAGUUUUCUUCAAUUGUUGUGUUGUUUAACCUUAUAGAAUGUAGUCUUUUUGGUGUCUGAACGAAACUACUAUGUUGCUGCAUAGUUUUUCUGCAAUAAUUAUUAGACUUUUAUUUGCUGGGUCAAAGAGGUUUCUCUAUAGAUUCUGCCCAUUUUUAAAGAAAUCAUAGCCGUUGAAUUAUUAAAA